GAAAUUGAAAAAGGUAAGCCUAUCAGUAGAGCGGAAAUGUAUGGCUAUUCACAUCUGAAAAAAGAUGGUACAUUUGUGAAUGAAGAGGCUAUGGAGAAAAAUGAUUUGUUAUUAUCUGCACAAAAUGAUGGAACUUUAUCCGAAGAAGAUGCUUAUGUUCAGGUGUUUGGGAAGGAGCACCCUGGACGUGUACGGGGUAUGGGAUUUGGGGUCUGCCCUUCCCAAAUUUUUAAACGUCAUUGUAGUUCUGGGGCAUCUUCCUCAACAUCUAGAGACAAUGAAAUUAGAGAGUUGAAAUCUAAAGUUCAAUCUUUGGAGGAAGCAUUGGCUUUUGUGGUACGUAGCUUUGGGGGUCAAAUGCCCCCUGGUUUUGCAUCAAAUGGAUUGCAACAGCCUCAAAAUUUGGGCUCUCCCAAUGGAUUCAGGCCAUCCUCUUCUGCUAGUCAUGUACCAAAUGCCCAAGGACCUGAACUUCAAGGACACCCAUCUCCUCCAUAG